AUAACAAAAACAGCAAUACAUACACAGCGAUAUACCGGUCAGAUAAACAAUAGAUUAAAUUGAAAAUUUUACACCCCGAUAAGACCAUAAAUAUAUAAAGUGGUGUUGAAUAAUUUAAAGAAUCAGUUCGGUAUCUUCAGUGGACAGAUCUAGAACUGUAUUAACGAUAUUUGUUAAAAUAAAAAUAAUUGGAUAACUUUUUCCCCCCGUGCUUUUAUAAACAUGAGAGUACUCAGUGAAACUAGUCCUGUUCAUAUCAUCGAUCCUUCUGAACUACUAAGGCCAGAACCAAAGUUUGCCACCAAAGAUAUAGCGGCCUUUAGAAACUAUGCCAUCGACGAAGAAGAUCCGAUCCAAGAAAGAGUUAGAAAAACCUAUUUGGAAAUGCAUACAAAUCAAACAGUAGACUACGUAAGAAAGAAGAUCGACCUAUGGUGUAAAUUCGACACUUUCAAAUCUACCAUGAAGGACGCCCUCAUCAAGCUAAACGAACUGGUAGACGAGAGUGAUCCAGAUGUUGACAUCCCCAAUAUCGUCCACGCUUUCCAAACAGCAGAAAGAAUCAGGAAGGAUCACCCUAACGACGAUUGGUUUCAACUCACUGGACUUAUCCAUGAUGCUGGAAAGGUGAUGGCAUUUUAUGGUGAACCCCAAUGGUCUGUUGUAGGGGAUACCUUCGUAGUGGGUGCAGAUUGGGGUCCUAGUAUUGUUUACAGGGACACCUCGUUCCACAAUAAUCCAGAUGGCGAUAAUCCAAAGUACAACACAAAAUACGGAAUGUAUGAGCCAAAUUGUGGACUGGACAAACUUGUAAUGUCGUGGGGCCAUGACGAAUACUUGUACAGAAUGCUGAAACAUAACAAUGCUAAACUGCCUCCACAUGCAUUAAAUAUGAUCAGAUUCCACAGCUUCUAUCCAUGGCAUAGUGGUGGUGAUUACGGACAUCUUUUAACAGAGAAAGAUCAAAAAGAGACCAAGAAAUGGGUACUUGCAUUUAAUCAAUAUGAUUUAUAUACCAAAAGUACCACUGUACCAGACAUCGAGGCCCUUUGGCCUUAUUACGAAAAGCUCAUUGACAAAUACAUCCCAGGAGUAUUAAGCUGGUAAACAGAUGUACAGAUAACCCGACGUUAAAACGAUGACCAGAAAGAAAUUUAAUAUAUUUUAAAUAUUAAAUCCCAUAUUUUUGAAGCAUUAUUAAAUUCGAUCUAAAUUAUAUACUUGACAUAUUUUGUUAUUUUUGUCAAUUUAUUGUUAAAGUUAGUUUAUAAUUAUAUGAAUAUAUUCUAGGAUUAAAUAAAAAUUAACAUAAGUUUAAAAUGUACUUAAACUAUUAUAUAGAAGCCUUAAGACGAUGGAUGUCUUUCACCGGUUAUAUUAUUAUUAUACAUUUUUCUUGCACAA